GGGGGCGUAGAGCUAGCGCGCGGCCGGGCGGCUUCGGACCUUCGGCUGGACGCGCGCUGCCGGCGGGCGGGCGAGCAGGCGGCUCCCGGGCUCCGCUUCGCUGCCCCAGCCGGCACCUGCGGUCCCCGGAGAGGGGGUCCUGCCAGGUGAUCUGCUCGGGGAUGGGGUGCCGGCCCCUUCCCAGCUUCCCGUGAUCAAGCCUGCGGGCCGUUUCAGUGGGGAUGCCUGCGCAGCAGCAGAACUCAGACUCUUCCGAGAUGGCCUCUGACCUGUCGCCAGACUGCGGGCUCAGUGACCUGGGCAGAGGGGACAGUCUGGAGAGAAGCAGCAGCGGCUCCCACUCCAGGAGCUUCACCCUGGAUGAUGAGAGCCUGAAGUACCUCACACAUGAGGAAAAGGAUGUCAUUAUGUUUUUUGAAGAGACAAUCGACUCCCUGGAAGAUGACUUUGAGGAGCAGAUCUUGUGUGACAGUGGGGUACACUGCCACUUUCCUUGGUCUCUGGAAGAGAGCACUUCCAGUCAUUCUGAGCCAGAAGAUGUCAUCGAUUUAGUGCAGCCGGGACCUUCAGUGGGGGGCCCCAAGUGCCCUCUGGAUGAGACUGAAGCAGCAGGGGCUGAGUCUGUUGGAAAGGAAGACGUUCCUGUCUCCUUGUGCAGGAAGCAAGGUGCUGAGAGUCCUCUGCUGCCAGAAUCCCCGGUUCCACAGACCCUGCCGCUGCCUCCGGCCCCAGCCCACCCCAGGAAAGAGUUGCCCCCUGCUUCUCCUCCCGCAGAGCACCCGAAACUGCCUCGGUCGGUCCCUACCCCACUCGUCAUUGCCCAGAAGAUAUCUGAGAAGUUGGCGGGACGCGAAGCGCUGUUGCCCACGUCGCCCUCUAAGGAGGGCCGGCCUGGGGAAUGGAGGACGCUGGCUCCGGGGGAUCCCGGGCCGGGAGACCACUCCCUGUGGCACAGACACGUGGCCCCGCCAGUGCCCAAGGUCCACCGCUUCCCGAGCAACAUCAGCGUGACCAACAGCGCGGGGAAGGACUUCAACAAGACCAUCUCCAAGGCGGCCGUCAACGUGCAGGAGCGCAAAGCCCGCGUCUUGGCCAACAUUAACGGGGUCUCUUUCCUCUCCACGAGAGACAUGGCAGGCCGCGCCCUGAAGGGCGGCCCCUCGGAGCAGAGGGGCAUUGUCGGUGCGGAGCAGGGGCCGCGUGGCCCCAGCGGGCCAGCCCCGGGUCGGGAGGCGGUGCCCGCGCCCGCCGAGGGGCGCAGUGGCGGUCGGCAGUCCCGGGCGGUGCAGACGGAGCAGGCCCUGCCGCUGGCCAACGGCUGCCCGAGCAUCCACGACGCCCUGAGGAGCCAGCCCGGGGCCUUCGCCUCCGCCGGGAAAACUGUCGCCUUCCGGCCGGCAGCGGCCCCCGCGGGGAAACUCGCGCGCCAGAACGCCAGCAAGAGCCUGGACGCGCCGCAGCAGCCCGACUGCGGCCAGGACGCGCGCAGGCGGGCGGGCUCGCUCCCCAGGGCGGUGGGCGUGCGGCCCCAGGGCGUCACCGUCCAGUUCGCGGGCCGCGGCGCCACCGAGGAAGCCCGCAGGGAGGCCCUGCGCAAGCUCGGCCUCCUGAAGGAGAACUCGUGACCGAGACACAGCGGGGCCGCGGCCACGGGCGCGUCCUUGCGACCCGCGCCGUGCGCGCAGAGGGCGGCCGCGGCCCGGCGAGGACUGGGCAGGGCGGGCGCGUCCCCGGGGGAGCGGCGGCUGUCAGAGCCCCGCCCCCCCCUUGUCUGGCUUCUCUCAAGGACUCGGGCAGUCACCUUGGGAUCACACAGGUUUCUGUGACGUGAACGCCGUGUAUUGUCUGGAUGUAGGAGAUGGGGUCUGAUUGUUAUUCUUGAGGCUCCAAGCUAGCCCUUUGUCCCGCGUACAUUAAGUGAAGGCCAGUUUAUAUCUAUUACACUCAGUUCUCUAAGGGAUGUUCCCCUCCUUUAGGAAACAAAAAAGAAAUGCUUGUUAAAUGUUCACAUCUUAAAAUACUUCUCUGGGUUUUUGUUUUUGAAGGGUAAAUAGCUCUAUAUACACCUUUGUUUCUUGAUAUGAUUGGGCUUGCCCAGUUUUUUUAAAUUGAAAAUUGAAGUGAAACUUUUAGAAUAUGAUUUACAAUAAUUUUGAGUCGAACAGAAAGGUUGACUUUGGGAAAGGUGGUAAUUUUAAGAAAGCAAGUCUCAUCAGACUACAGGGUCUGUGUUCCUGGGAGAUAUGUGUAUGAACGUGUGUAAACAUGGACAUCUGUUUAUAGAAACGUUAACAUAUACAUAUAUAGGUAUUGUGUGUGUGCGCACACAUUUGUUACUGCAUAUAUAUAAACUUCUUAAAACCCUACUAAGUAAUUAGAGGAUGCAGGCGCUUCCUAUUCUAUUAGUAGAUACAGUGGACUGUCUCAGCAUUGUGAUGGAUGACACAGAAAUUGUUACUUCCUAAUAUUUAGAAGCCUUUUAAGGACACAUCUCCAAAGUGCUUUUUCCUCAGCAAUGUGUUGUUCUGUUCCCAAUUAAAGUAAUAUUCCAAAUAAGCUUCCAGAUAAACAAGAUAGUUCCUUUUCUAGUAAAGAACAUUUUAAAGACUUAAUGUAUCAGCUAAUUGUAACCUAAUUUUAAUUUAUCACCGACUUGAUUUUGCAUGUUCCAAGGUAGGCAGUAAAUAGAAGGAAACCAAAGCGUCUUAAGAUCCCCUGUUCCGGGAGGAGAUCUCAGGAUUAAGUUAAAAGGGAAAAAACUAGGUUACCCAGCAUGAAAAGAACUGGUUUUCUCCCAGACUCCAUCUUACAUGCUGAGUUGUAACUACCAGCACUAUUAUCAAAACCUUUGAAGGCUGGAGUCUUUAAACUUCUAAAAAUAAACUUCUUAAAAAACUUACAGGUUUUUAAGAUAGCAUUUAUUUUACUCCCGUUUAUAUUGAAUUUGAUUAAAAGAUUCUUGAAGGCUGUAUUACCUUUUUUCAAAAUGAGAUGCCAUACACAGUGUUUAAAAAUAGAGGGUCUUGAUAAGGCUAACAUUUUAAAUAUAUUUUAUAUGAGAAUUAUUUCUUUUUAUCUUAUCCUAUGACUUCAUUAUGAUUAAGGUCAACUUGCCUAUAUAUUAGUAUCAGGUUUCAAAAUUACAUUUUUGAAAAAUAAAUUUAGAGACUUAUCUGAAGUAUAAACAACUUCGGUUUUGCAUUUUGUACUUACUCUCAAUUAUUUUAAAUGGCUAUAUCCUUCUAUUUAUUCAUAAUUUCUUCUACCUAUUUAUUCAUUAUUAUACUGAUUAUUAUGCUGGUUAUUUCUUGUACCCAAAACCCAUAUUAAAGCCAUAUGUUUUGUACAUGGUUCAUAUUAUAGCUGCUAAUUAACUUGUAUGUGUGAGUAUCAGCAAAAACAUCUAGCUUGCUGAGGGGCAUUUGCUUUCUUGCCAUAGCUGCAUGAUAGGGCAUUCUGAAAGGGCCAUCUUCAAAGGGAUUUUAAAGACCAUAUUUCAAAGCAAAAUUGUAAUGAAAAGGAAAGAUCAAUCUUGAGAGCCCAGAUUUUUUUUCAAGUGAUACUUGUAAAUAAGUCUCCAUUUUCAUGAGACUCUUUAUCUUAAUAUUUAAAAAUCAGGAUAAAGAAGUUCUCCUUUGAUUUUAGGAAGGUAUGUACAAAGGGCCAAAUUUGAGUCUUUCUCAUCUGCAAAAGUUAUACUUGACAGUUGCCAGGGAAACAGCCUCUGCCAGUUCCUCCUCUCUGCUCCCAGAUUUGGUUCCUGGUAUACAUACUUAUCUUUACAAGACUGAUAGAAAUUCUGAUCUUUAUCUCUCCCCAGCUCACACCGUCCUCUUAUAAGGCUUGUUGUGGAAAAAAGGCAUGAGGUGUGUGUGUGGGAGGGUGUCCCUCCUAUGUCUCUGGAUCUCACAGCAGAGGGCUCAGCCUAAGCAAAUCCCUGCGCCUCUCCACCACACAAGCUGACUUUUGACAACAGAAGUUUCUUCACUCAACUUUCCAGAUGGGUGGCUCCCAACAUAGGCUCCCCACUGGAAACCCACGUAUAUGAAGAGCUUAAUGGAGGUGACAAGUGAGGCCUAGGGAAUCCUUAGAGUUGACCUUUUUAUUUGUGAAAAACAGAAAUGUCUUCUUUUUAUUAAAUUCCCACAGCUCUUGCUCUGAGGAAUUUGACCUUUCAGAGGACUUAGUGGAGAUAUUUUUCAUACAGGUGAUCUAAGAAAUUGUUUCAUUAUGUUUGUUCAAGAGGAAUGAAGAGAGAGAAAUAAGAUAAAUAUGAAAGCAAUUUAUUGUUAUCAAGAAACCUGUAACCGCUGUGCUGUUUUCCUCAUGGAGGUGGCAGAAUGAAGCAUUGUUACUCUGAGUGUAUUUUAUCACCCUGACAAGUUAAAUAAACUUUUUUCCCC